UGCGGAGACAUCUUCCUAUUUCGUGUGGCAAGUUGAAGAGAGUGUUGCAUGUGCGAGUGUCACUAAACAGCCUGAAGCCAGGGACCAGAAGACAACGUCUGGAAAUGGCUGGGGAGGACCAGAGCGAGACGUCACAACAAACAGCAGCCAGUGAUGAAGAGAAUGCGAGGGAGAAACAGGAUUCCCCCUACGUCAUUGAAAUUCAUGAUUCUACGACUGAAUGUGAGGAUGAAGCGAGGCCCAGUGCUUUGCAGAUGGAGGAGAAAGCAUUUGUGUCAAGUCUGCACUCCUUUAUGAAGGACAAAGGUACACCGAUAGAAAGGAUCCCACACCUGGGCUUUAAACAGAUCAAUCUUUGGAAAAUCUACAAAGCUGUUGACAAGCUUGGGGGCUAUGACUCAGUGACAGCUCGACGUCUGUGGAAGAAAGUGUAUGAUGAAUUAGGAGGAAGUCCAGGUAGCACCAGCGCUGCCACUUGCACUCGAAGACACUAUGAGAGGCUGGUGCUUCCCUUUGAGAGACACAUGAAAGGGGAGGAGGACAAACCUCUGCCUCCGAGCAAACCGCGGAAAGCCUACAAAAGAAACCUGGAGGGAAAGGCGAACAAACCCGAGGCAAAGCGGAAAAGCACUCACUCGGACAGGGAACUGGAUUCUGAGAUUCUCACCCAAAGAAGUCCAGAAACAUCUGGCCAAAGUGAAGCAACGAUCCCUCCUCAUUUUGCUCUCUGGCCCACCAGAGAAGGAUGCCACUCCGACUGCUCGCAGUCAAACAGAACUGCCCCCGAUUUCUGCACCUCGGUCAACGGCCAUGUGCUGCAGGUCCCUGCCACCUCCUGGGUUGCUCAUAUCCCUUCUGCAGCUGGAGAGGUCAUCUCACCUCUGGAGAAGAAAAAGAGGAUGGCUCAGGCCAGCCUUAACUUACCAUUGAAUUCUCAGAGAGAGGACAAAGAAAGGCCUUCUGUCAUCCACUGCUCCCAAUCUCCAGCUCGACGUUCCUCCAGCAGGAACGACAACUCCUCCGAUGGCUCUCCACUCCCUUUAUCUUCCUCCUCUUCCCGCAGCCCGUCCCCUCUCUCUGUUUCUUCAGAGGACGGUCCAGCAAGGCGUGAAGAUAAAGCUACACCAGGCUCAGACCCUUCCCACAAGUGUUCUGUCAAAAAACUAGAGGAUGAAAAGUCUGUGAGCAGCAGUCAGACAUCUACAGACACCAUGAGACGGAAUAAAGAUGUUUCUCAAGUCGCUUCUCAGUCAUUAAGCGGUGACUCCAUAAAAGGCCAAAAAAAAGACUCUGCCUGGAAGCCUUACCACAAGGCCACCGGCAAAUAUAUAGCAUAUCCUUUCAACUUGACCUCCACCUUCUCAACGUCUACCUCCAGUUUCACCAAAGUUAUUCCAAAAUCUGUGCAGCCUCUGCGACCUGCUCCGAUUCGACCCACUUACAAAAUUCACCAGAGCAGGCUCUUUCAGCAGAACAACUCUCUGUCAAAGAAGCUGAAUGUUGUGACUCCAUGGCCUUAUCAGGUCGAGAAAAGGGAGCGAUCAAGGACGGUGCCACAGAAAGUCCCCCCGCCCCAGCCGAGCCUGUCCCAGUCCACCACCACCAUGCCACCAUCAUGUGUCCUGUCCAGCUACGACAAAACGGAGAGAGACUCCCGGCACCCGCCCACGUUACACCCCACAUUUCACUCCCACAGAAUGAGACUACCUCAAUCUCAGUUUAUGUACCAUCAUUUGCCAGUGGGCCCGAGUCACUCUGCUAUCGUCGGACCAGCUGUUUACCCGUAUCUCUACCCUUUUCCUCUGUUAAAUCCCCAAGCUGGAUACACUCUGCCUACAAUGAGUCACAUUUAUCCUCACAAGCUGUGAUUUUUCUGUAAGUCAGCUUCAAAUUGCUCCUAAUGAAUCUAGACAAUUAAACAUUUGGGAGAUGCUUUACAUGUCCUCAAACAAACUAAACAGAUGGUGAAUUACAGUUAUUAUAGCGACGGUUCCAGAAAUUUAUAGGAUUAUUGUAAAACAUGUUGAGUCAUCCAAAUGCUUUAAAUCAGUGCAUCGGUUUGAAGAAACUUCAUUUAAUUACAAUCUGUUACUACUACUAAGAUGGUUUUUUUUUUAUUUUGUUUUGUUUUCUUUUUUGGAACUGGUGCUGUUACACUUAAGGAAACAGUAAACAAUUUUAAUUAAUUCACUGCAUCUGUGUUCAUGGCCAAUUUGCAAAGAUAGCUUAAAUAUACACACACAAAAACAACCAUUUUGUCACCACAUUAGACCUCAGUUUCAGUGCUUCGAUAGUGACAGAAAAAAAGACCUUCUUCCUCACUUCACUGUUUUGUGAUGUCUGUUAAGCAUGGAAAAAUGUAUUCAUGCAUUCAUUUUCAGUAGGUUAUAGGUUAUUGCAAUAGCAUCUUUACAGGCCUUAACAAGAAAUCAAUCAGGCAGCUGCAGCUGAUCCAGAACGCUGCUGCCAGUGUCCUUACAAACACCAGGAAACUGGACCACGUUACACCGGUCAUGA